AUGUUACAUUGUUUUUAUAAUUUGCAAGAUAUAUAUAUAUAUAUAAAUUUUCUGGGUAAUUUGGUAAUGGUCAUCUAACUGGUCAUCUUCCGGGUUUGGACCGUAGUGAUAGAUGUUGCGUCAACAGAAGAGUUUCAAUGGGUGCCUAAAGGUCAGUCAUACAUAAAUUUUGGCAGAAUCCCCUCUUCAGAUGGAACGUAAUAUUCUGUACUGUUUUUGGAUACCCAAGGAGAAAAUGGUCUGGUCCGCCGCUGUAUAUAAAUAGACGGAGCGGGUAUCUCACAAUCCAAUCACAUCAGAAGUUCUCUUCGUAUAGGACAACUGAAAUAUACAAAACGUGUGUUAUCUCAAAAGCUCAAAAAAAAAUCAUGAAGUUCCUCGUAAUUUUACUAGCUGUUCUCGCCGUUGCGUUUGCUCAGCAGGAAACGAUUGCUAUAAUCCGCCAGUCUCAAGACGUAUCGCCUGAUGGUUCCUACAAUUACAACUACGAAACUGCGAACGGAAUCAAAGCCUCCGAAGAGGGUCAUCCAGGGCCUGUGAAUGAAGAGGGUGCACCGGCAGUUGUGGCCCAAGGACAAUUCGAGUACAGUGCUCCUGAUGGUACACCUAUUGCAGUCACGUAUACUGCCAACGAAAAUGGUUUUCAACCACAGGGAGCUCACCUCCCUGUCGCACCUCCAGUGCCAGAACAAAUUGCUCGGGCCCUUGAGUACAUACUCGCUAAUCAACGCUGAUCAACUCCGUUACCAAUACUGAUAUUUCAAUGUCUUACAACGUUAAUAAAUUCUUCUGUACCAAAAAUUAAAUUAUCCU